AUGUCAUCACUCAAGUUAUUGAUCUGUGGAGGUGGUUGCGCCGGACCAGCCCUGGCCUUUUGGCUCGUCCGUCUUGGCCAUCGAGUAACCAUUGUCGAAAGGUUCCCAGCUCUACGCGCAACAGGUGCUCAGAUCGACUUUCGCGAACAGGGUAUUCAAACGGUCAAACGCAUGGGUCUUGACGAUGUGGUUCGUUCAAAAUUGGUGGACGAAGCUGGUGUGGGAAUUGUUGACUCAACCGGUCGAGUCAUAGCUACAAUUCUCGCCAACAAAUCAGGCAAAGGUGCGCAGUCUGUCACGUCCGAAUAUGAAAUUAUGAGAGGCGAUCUUGUGAGGAUUCUCUAUGAUGCAACCAAGAACGACGUGAAGUACGUCUUCGGAAAGACUGUCGAGAGUUUCGAACAGGAUGAGAAGCAGGUCCUUGCUCACUUUUCGGAUGGUACAUCGGAUACGUUCGAUAUUCUAGUCGGAGCAGAUGGCCAAGGCUCACGAAUUCGAAGAGCAAUCAACCCACCAAAUACUUUAGAUCCGUAUCGACAACUUGGCCUUCACAUGGCGUAUUAUUUCAUCCCAAGAGCGGAUGACGAUACCAAUAUCCGCAGAACAUAUUCAGCUUCAGAGGGAAGAAUGAUCUUUUGUCGAACCCACAACUCAACGGAAACUCAAGUCUAUCUCAUCUUAAAAGACGACUCGUCUGAGACAUCCAGUAUUCACAAGGGCACAGUCGAGCAGCAGAAAGAAUUCUGGUCAUCAAGAUUCCGCACCGCCGGGUGGCAGAUCGACCGUUUCCUCGAGGGCAUGAAGACUACUAAGAACUUUUACUCACAAGAAGUAGUCCAGGUUCAGACUGAUACCUGGUCUAAAGGCCAUGUUGUGCUUCUCGGAGACGCAGCUCACUGUCCUUCUCCAUUUAGCGGCAUGGGAACUACAGCGAGCUUCGUCGGCGCAUAUGUCUUGGCAGGAGAGAUAAGUCGGAAUCCGGAUAAUCUGUCGUUGGCGUUCGAAAACUACGACAAGACGCUGCGGCCGUUCAUCGACGAGGUGCAGAAUGUCAAGCUCAAUGCCAUAAAGCUGUUUAUACCUGAUACGCAGUGGGGUGUCACCAUUCUUCAGUGGUUUGCUUGGAUUGUGUGUCUUUUGCGGAUUCCAUAUCUAGUUUCGAGGUUUUCGAGCGAGGAAAAGGGAGGCUGGCCGUUGCCUGACUAUCCUGGGCUUAAUGGCAGCAAGUAA